AUGACGGUGAUGAUGAUGAUGGUGAUGCUGCUGCGGUUGCUGCUGCUGAUGGUGACGAUGGGCAUACCUGUAAUACCUGGCAUACCUGUAAUACCUGGCAUACCUGUAAUACCUGGCACACCUGUAAUACCUGGCAUACCUAUAAUACCUGGCAUAGCUGUAAUACCUGGCAUACCUGUAACUGUAAUACCUGGCAUACCUGUAAUACCCGGCAUACCUGUAAUACCUGGCACACCUGUAAUACCUGGCAUACCUAUAAUGCCUGGCAUACCUGUAAUACCUGGCAUACCUAUAAUACCUGGCAUAGCUGUAAUACCUGGCAUACCUAUAAUG